AUGAAUUAAAAAAUGCAUUAAAGUUUUGGACAAACAAUGUCUGUAGAAAUUGCAAAGAUUGCCAAUUACAAAAAUAUGUUUAAUAUUGAAGCCUUGAUUGUGAUUCUCAUUAAUUUUAUGUCAUUAAUGAGUUUUACAAUAGAGUCAGAGAAGAAUUCAGGAUAUUUAUAUUUUAUUUAAGUAUCAAAUCUUUUUAUUGUAGUUUUUGAGUGUUUUCACUCAUCCACCAGAUAUAUUAUUUGUGCCAAUUAGUAUGUUACUAUUAAUUUUGUAUUUGUUUGUUUAUGGAUGUUUAUUGUUAAUGUCAUAUUAACAAUACAGCAGUUAAAAUAAAAUGAUCAUAUCGAACAAAUAAUUCAAGCAACUUAGAUACAUCCUUUCCUUGACUGCUGAGUGCAUAGUUUAACUCACCUGCCCAAUAGUAGUCACUUGAUUUAUUCUAGUUAUCUAUCAAUAUGGGAUUGUUUAGUAAAUACAGUAGUGCUUGGAUAACAGUGCCUAUCCUGAAUAUUGUGUUGCACUCAUUAAUAUUGUUAUGUUACUUUUAUUUUUAUCGAAGUUACCAAUUCAAUUAGUUAGGAUUGUAUAGAAAUUUCAGUUUAAUUUCUUAUUGUUAUUACAUAAUUACGAUUUUUGUAGUGGCAAUAGAUUGGAAUACUUCUCUCUAAAUUCAACCUUAUAUUCUAUUAUUAAUGAGUAUUUUGAUGCUUGUAGAUUUACUAUUAUAUAUUCCAUAUAAGUUAACAUUUGAAAAUCAAAUUUAUUUAUUUGGUUGCACUGGAUUAUUUAUUCUUGGAAUGUUAGGUUCACUUAAGUAAUUUUUAGUUUACAUAAAUAAAGAUAAUAUCUUUGAAACUUUUAUUUUAUGUUAUCCACUCUUUUAUUAAUUAUUCUAAUUAAUCUAAAAUAUGAAAUGGAAAUAAUUAUUAUUGUAUAUGAGAACAGGAUCAAUGAAAUAAAUAGAUAUCAAAAAAUUGUGUUUUUCAUUAGAAGCUUUAGUUUGGUUUGUAGAAUAAUCAAGAAGCAAUUCAUAUCACUUUAUGUAGACUCUUUUUAUAUUAAAAUAUCAUACUUAGAAUUGUAUUGAUCAAAAUUGUGAAUGCAAAGAAGAUUUAUCUAAACUGUAUACUUAAAAUCUUGAGAGCAUGACUCAUCGAUCAUCAUUCUAAUCUAAGACAGCUCUUCUCAGUAAUGGAGAUAAAAAUAGCAAUCAAUAGAAUCUUUCUUAAAAUUUAGAUGUUAGUCAAUUUCAGAAAACUAUAAAAGAUGUUAGUAGGAGAAAUGAUUCAUUUGUUGGUAAUCCAGGGAUAAUAGAAAUUCAUUAGAAAAUAAAUAAACCUUUAAUGUUUUAACCUAUGAAAUUUUUAUAAAAUGAUUAAAUAAAUGAAGAAUUGAUAUCUCAAUAUAUUAAAAGGUAAUUUCAUUCAACUAUUUAAUAAUUAUCUUUUUCUCUUAAUUUAGAUGAUGUAGAAUAUUUAUCUUUAAAAUAUAUAUCUUUUAUGUUUUCGUUCAAAUAAAAUAGUUCAUCCUCAUUAACUAAAUUAAGACAAAUUUAAAGUAGAACUGCUAAAUUUUCGUAUUUCUUUUGCAAUAUUACUAAAGUUACAGAAGAACAAUUUAUUGAGGCUCUUAAAUUAAGACAUUUCGAAGAAAAGAGUACUUAUGAUGAUAUAGUAAAAAUGAAUGUGACAGAAAUUUGGAGAUUAGAAAUGGUUAAAGAAGAAAUUGUAUCAAAUAUAGUAUGUGUCUUAAAAAAAAAGAUUAAGAUGUGGGAAAAUUUAUGUUCAGGUGAAAUAUCAAAUAUGGAUAGAUUUUUAAUUGAUAUUAUCAGAAUUUCUAAAUAAAUAGAAUAAAGUAGAAAUUAAGUAGAUUAAAUAUUAGAUGACUUUGUUGGAUAAGUUUAAAAGAAUUAUGCCUAUUAUUUAAAGUAUUAAUGUUUUAGAUCACUCUUUUUUGAUUCAGAUUAUAAGAAGGCAGUAUUUUAUCAAAGAAAAGUAGAGGAUUCAUGGUAAUUGAGUAGAGUAGCACAUAAAUAAGGAUAAAUUGGAAAUUUUUAAUGGUUAUCAGGAGAUUUAGUUACAUUAGAAGUUAGUGUUGGAGUUUAGAGUGGAUAAAUUAUAAAAGGAUUUUCUAAUAGAUUAGUAGAUUUAUUAGGAUAUGUAAGUUAUGAGGAUAUGAUACAAAAUUUACGUAUUAGAGGAUUAUAAUCUAGUAGUGCUACAUCUAAUUCUGAUAAAAUUGGAAUUUCUAGUAUUAUGCCACCUUAUUUAACAGCAUCACAUAAUUAUUUUAUUCAAAGAUUUAUACAUAGAGGUUAUACAUAUUAUUAUGAUAAACCUAUAAGUUCAUUUGCAUGUGAUGCUUUAGGAUUUGUAUUCCCUAUUAAUGUAAAUUUAUCCUUCAAUUUUCAAAAUAUGAAUGAUUUUACAUUAUUAGGAUCAAUAUUAAAGAUCAAAGAUGAAGAUGAAUAUAUAAUAUUUGAUGAAUGGGGACGUAUAUUAGGUGUAUCAAUAAGAACUUUUGAUAAAUUAAUAUUAAAAGGUGCACUUGAUGAAUUUGGUAUGGUACAAUAUAAAUCAAUUCAUUAAAAAUUUGAUAAAAUAGGAAAUUUAAAAAAUAAUUUAAUUAAUAAAAUAGCAAAAGAUGAUCAUGCUAAAUUAUUUAAGAAGACUUUAACAGUACAUUAAAAAUAAAGUACUACUAGAAGUUAAGUUAGAAGAACCUAUUAAAAACCAUCUGAUAUUUUAUUAUAAUUUGGAAGUAUUUAACAUUUCUUACCUUAAAUUGGAAAGUCUAUUACAGAAAUACUUUCAAAGGAUAUAUUUAAAAAAUUAUAGAGAGAAUCAUAAGAAUAAUUUAAUAAAUUAAUGGAUAAUUAAAAUAAUUAAUAAUAAAAUUUAAUGGAGAAACAACAUAGCAAUUUAUUUUAAAGAUAAUUAAGUUAAUUUAUUGAUAGAUAAUAGAGUAUAAAUAAUUAAGGACUUAGUAGUGCUAUGUUGGAUAAAGAUUAAUAUAGAAAUUUUAUACUAAAUACAUUUGUAGAUGAAAAAGGAUUAAUGAAGAAAAAUCUAUCUAUAUUAUAGGAUGAAAAAUUAGUACUUUAUGUUCCAAGAAAUUAUAAUGAAUUAAUUGAAUAUUUUAAUGAUGCAGGAGAAAGAUUUGUUGAAAGUAAAAAUGAUUUUGAAACUAAAUCUAUAAGAAGAUAAUAGUUACAAAAUAAAUAUUCUUACAUUAAAUAAUAAUAAAAUUGUUAUCAUUUAUUUGAUGCUGAAUUUUAAGAUUUUAUUGAUAACAAAAUUAGAAAAUAUUAUUCAAAAGCUUUAUUAAAAGAAGCAUUGGAAUCUCAGGAUGCUAAAUUAUUAUAAUAAGUUAGAUAUAAAUGUGUUUCAACUAUUGAUGUAGGAUUAGGAGGUAUUAGUGAUAAAGAUUAAUUUUUAUAUUUUGUUUGCAGACUCUCUUCUUUAAAUCUAUAAACAGCAAAGAGAAAAGAUGUUUUAAAGAUUCAUAUGAAGAAAGAGAAAAAUUAAUAAUUUGAUGGUGGUGAGGAAUUAAGAAAAAGUUUGAUAUAACAAUUUUCAUCUAUGGAUUCUGUUGAUAAAUAGAAACCUGCUUGGGGACAAUCAUUAUCAAUUUAAUAAUAAUAAGAAACUACUGUUCCUUAACCAUAAAUAAAAUUUAAAGGAGAAAUUGAUUAACCAAUUAUAGUUACUCUUGCUAUUCCAGAUAGUAGAACAUAUGUAUCAUCAUUAGAUAGAGAAGAAGGACCUAAUAUGAAAGUUAAUUUUGAAGCUUAAAAUUAAAAACUUAAUGAAUCUUCUUUUGAUAUAGAUGGUUCAAUGAGAGAGAGUUUAAUUUAAAGUGGUAAUCAUUCAAUGAAAUAAUCAUUGAAUUUAGAUGUUCCAACUUUAUCUAGAUAAAAUUCUUUAGAAAAAAUGAAAUAAUAAUUAAAUUAAUCUAAAGAAUUAAAUAAAGAAUUAUCUAGAAGUUUAUCUGAUAAAAAAGAAGAACCACCAAAAAAGAAAUUAAAAUUAUCUUUUUUAAAAAAGAUGGAAAAAGCUCUUGUUCCUAAAGAUCUUCCAGCUGGUAGUCCAACUACUCCUAUUGCUUCUCCAACACCAGUGAUUUUUUAAACUUAAUAACCAGAGAAAUAACCAUCAAAUUUAAGUGUUCCUGAAGAAAAAAGAAGUUCAUUAUUAAGUCCACCAGGUUUAUUUUCUAAAUUAUUUACUCGAUUAAAUUUAAGAAGAGUAUCUAAUGUUGAGAUUAAGAAUGAUUAAUUUGAAGCACAUGAAUAAGGUUUUAAGGAAUAAUCUGAGAAUUCAGAGAAAGAAGAAUUAAAAUAAAAUGGAUAAAGUACUCCAUCUGGUACUAAUUCUAUGUCUAGUAAUAAUAUUACAAGUUAAGCUGAAGGUAAGAUAGAAGAUGAUGAUCUUAAAAAUGAUGAUGAAUUAGUUAAUAUUUUUGAAGUAAUGAGUUAAGCUUCAAAUCAUUAAUCUAUUAAAUCAAUAUCAGCUAUUUCAAUGGCUACUAAUAUAUCAUUAAGAUGUUUAAAGUAUUUACCUAGAUAAGCAAAAUCUCUUUAAGUAUUUAAAGUUAUUUUAAUUCUAUUAAAUAUAUCAAGUAUUAUUAGUUUAGUUUUAACAACAUAAAAUUACUUUGAUUAAUUAAGUGUGGAUUAAUUAAGUUUAAAAAUUAAUAAUUAAUAUCGUUAUUCUGCUAUUGUAUUAUAAUCUACUAAUUCAAUUGAUUAAUUAUCUAUUAUUAAAUUUUAAUAACCAGUUAAUACAACUUUAAUGAAUGAACUUAUUACUUAUUGUUCUAAUGUAAGUUUAGAGAUUAGUUAAUCAUAUUUUGAUGUUGUAGAUCAAAUUUAGAAUGCUGUUUCAUUUCCAUUACCAAAACCUGAUGUUUUGAGUAUACCUGAUGAUUAUUGGAUAUCAUCACUAUAAUAAUUUCUGACAUAAUAAAAAAUAGAAAUAGAUUCCAUAUAAUUAAUUAAUAAUUACAAUAGAAGUGAUAUUACAUUUCUAUAAUUAUAUAAUAAUUCAAUUGAUUAUUUAUUAAGUCGUCUUAUAUUUACUCAAUCAUAAAUCAAUAAUAUGAGUUAACAAUUAAGAGAUUAUAAGAAUACUAAUAUUUUAAAUUAAGCAUUUAUUGUUACUUAUUUGAUGACAAGUUUUGGUGGAUUACAUUUGAUAGUCAUAUUUUUAAUAGUACCAUUUAUUAGAUAAAUUAAUAAUAUAUACUUUCGUGUUCUUUGUAUUUUAAGUAGAGUAACUAUUGAAGAAGCAGAAGAUGAAAUUAAAAAAUUAACUCUUUCAUAACAUUUACUUGAAGCUUAAGAUGAUUCAUGGGUUACUCAAAAUUAAGUCAAACUUGUAUUUUAUAAUAAAAGUUAAGAUAUAGAUUUAAAUUAAAAAUAUUCAAAAAUUGCUAAAGCAAAAGGAAAAGAAAGUUCAUAUUUCCAAUCAAAAUUAAGUGAUACUUCUUUAAGUAUUUGGAAAGACAUGGGACUAUAUAUAAUGAUUUCCUCUAUUUCUAUUGGAUAUCUUAUAUUUUCAAUUAUUAUUAUCUAAACUUAAAUAAAUACUUUCACUCCUUUUAUUGAUAAUUUUGAUUAAACUGUAAGUACUAGUGUUUACUCUUCAGCUCUGAUUUCUAAAUUAUCUAUAACUCCUUAAAGAUAUUUAAAUCUUAAUAGUUCAAGUAUACCAACCUAAUAUACUCUAUAUGAUUAUUAACAAAAUUAAUAAAUUUCAUAUUUCUUACAAACCAUUACAUCUGAUACUAGUAAGAUCAAAACCUUUAUAACUGAUAUGACUAAUUUUUUAGAAUAAUUAAAUCUAGAUUAUAAUUAUAAUUCAAGUUCCUCAAAUAUAACAAUAACAAAUAAUUAAUAUAUAGAUAGAAUACCAUAUCUAGAAUAAUUAAGUAUUUUGAGUGAAAUCAAUCAUUUACUUAAAGAUAAUAUCUGCUAUUAUUCUCAACAAAAUUUAUGUAGAUUCGACAUCUAAUUUGAUUUUUUUAAUACAGGAUUAAUUGGUGCUUUAGAUAUGCUUUAAAAGAUGUAAUUUAAUUAUGAUUAAUUUUUAAUUGAAUAUCAUCCUAUAUCUUAAUCAGAUAUCUCUAUUGAGGAUGCAUACACAUUCAAUUAAUAUUAUAAUUCAUAAUAUUAUCAAUUAUUAGUGAUGUAUGGAUAAGAAUUAUUUUUUAAAACUUUUGAUAGAUUAAUUUAUCUUUUAGAAACCUUUUUAAAAAAUGAAAAAUAAUCAAAAGAAACAAUUAUUUCAAAUCUAUUCAUCGGUAUUGGUAUUCCAAUUAUGAUAAUGACCAUAUUUUUGGCUGUCUUAGAAAUGUAUAUGCUCAAAAAUAAAGUAAGAAGAGUAAUGUUAUCCUUAACAUAUCUACCAACAUUCAAAUAUUAAGAUAAAAUCAUACUAUCACUAAUUAAAUCCAUAUUGAAAAUUUGA